GCGAGUGGGAUCGGACGAGUAUCUGCACUGAGUUCGUCGAAUGCAGCUGAAAGAUUGGGAUACCUCUCGCAAUUUAUAUUGUAUUGUCUGUAGACUAUCGGAAUAAGAAGAGUUCAAAGAUGGCUGCAAAACUAACACUACUAGCCCUGACGGUUGUAAUAGCGGUCAUUGAGAACUGCCAGGGACUGAGCUGUCCGUGUUGGAGUAAACCCGCAGGUGACCCGGCCAGAUGCCCGGGGAAGCCCCAACCCCCAUCAUGUCCACCGGGUAAACAACCUGUCCAAGAUGCAUGCGGUUGCUGUCAAGUAUGUUCUCAGGGAAUAGAUGAAAGAUGCGGCGGACCAUGGAAGACAGCGGGGACGUGCUCCGAGGGACUCGAAUGCCAGGACAAACAGACCGGAACAGUGCUCUCGACGAACAGCAUGAACCCGUUCGGAAUGAAAAUCGGGGCUUGUAAAAGUCCGAAGAGGACCGUCGAGACUCCGAACUAUCCACACAGACCAACGUAUCCCGAACAACCAACCUACCCUGAUACACCGACCUAUCCUGAGACCCCAAACUAUCAUCCGAAUCCUUACUACCCACCCUGGGCCUAUUACUGGAACUGGUGGUAAACUUGCAUGGACGGACUUUAGAUACAAUGACUCUACAUCCUGUUCUAUGAUGGUUCAGAUUGCAUUACGACUUACUUGCGGACUCCUGCAAACGAAUGCGACUACGUAUACCGACCUUCUAUUGACUUGGUUAAACAUCCCAGCUGUAUGGCUUCCACGAACCUGACCAGUGACCAGAUGGUUCUUUCAAAUUUUAACUCGGGACCCCUAAGCUACAUACAUACACUUUGAGAAUGUUCCAUUGGACGUUGACAAUCGCGACAAAACUUACUGACUAAACUGCCACAUGACUCAACGGGGUCUCUGCUGCUUACAAAUAUUUUACACACAAUUUAGUAUAUACUCAGACUUUCUUGCCAACAUUAUGCUCCAAGAAGGCUGUCUGCAGUGGCUUUGCUCUUUUCAGCGUUUUGAAGAUGGGAUUUUAUCCGUUCCACAUCGACCUUUUUGGUAGAUUCCGUUGAAAGUCUAUCCAUCAAGCACGAAGACACCGCGGACAAGUAAAAUAAUGAACUGUUCAUUUUCCUCCUUUUUGCAUUUAUCAUCCGGAGUCAUUGAACAUCACCAUGGUUUUAAAAUUGAAAUGGUAAGGAACUCAUAGGCCUAGCCUAAACCAGAUCAGCGACCUUGACCUUUGCAACAGCAUGGCUUGUAUGGUUGUGGAUCCCAGAUACUGUCCUCUGGGACUCUCCAAUUGCAUGCAGAUAGACCAACUACGUAUCAUCUGAACAUUCUAAAGCAACAGACUGGCCGGUUGUUGAUCCCAGAUACUGUCCUUUGAGACUCUUCAUUUGCAUAAGAUAAGACAACAAUUCAUCUUCUGAAGCAACAGGCUCACUGGUCAUUGAUCCCAGAUACUGUUCUUUGAGACUGAAUUGCUUCCAUAUUUGGAAUUGACGUACUGUCUUUUCCCUGUUCUUUUGAUCUACAGGGGAAAGGAGAGGAGUGCGGAGGACCAUGGAAGGUCUUCGGAGUAUGUUCAAAGGGUCUAGCUUGCGUGGACGAGACGGGUAAGGUCAUCGAGAGUCCUUUCUCAAAGGGAUACUGCACUCCGAAGGGCGCCCCCUCAACGGGUCAUGUGUAACUCACCAAUGCUGCUUGAAUGCUUUUCGUUGUCAACAUGGUCAAUUGAUACACGCCUCGUCAAUAGGACGUCUUUUGUAUGUGGCGCUUGGAGAACGCAUCGAUGCUGUUUAAGAGCUUCCUUUUGAAGUUAAAGGAAAACAUGUGAAUUAACAACACGUUAAAGCA